GCAGGGGGCGGGCGAGGAGCCGCCCGUGUAACAAUUACGUGUGGGUCCAAGCAAACAUGAGGCAGCUGCCAGCCGGCCAGGCAGUCCUGUUCUCAGCUGCAAAGAGGGGAGGCCGGCAACAGUUUCCUUCAGCACCCAGGAUGCAUCGGGCGAAGGAAGUGAUGAAGGUGUCAGAUGGCAGCCUCCUGGGAGACCCCGGGCGCACGCCGCUGAGCAAGAAGGAGGGCGUCAAGUGGCAGCGGCCACGGCUCACCCGCCAGGCUCUGAUGCGGUGCUGCCUGGUCAAGUGGAUCCUGUCCAGUGCCGCCCCCCAGGGCUCAGAUAGCAGCGACAGUGAGCUGGAGCUGUCCACAGUGCGCCACCAGCCGGAGGGAUUGGACCAGCUGCAGGCACAGACCAAGUUCACCAAGAAGGAGCUGCAGUCCCUCUACAGGGGCUUCAAGAACGAGUGUCCCACAGGCCUGGUGGAUGAAGAUACCUUCAAACUCAUUUACUCCCAGUUCUUCCCUCAGGGAGAUGCCACCACUUACGCACACUUCCUCUUCAACGCCUUCGACGCUGAUGGGAAUGGGGCCAUCCGCUUUGAGGACUUUGUGGUCGGCCUCUCCAUCCUCCUGCGAGGAACAGUCCACGAGAAGCUCAAGUGGGCCUUUAACCUCUACGACAUCAACAAGGACGGCUACAUCACCAAAGAGGAGAUGCUGGCCAUUAUGAAGUCCAUCUAUGACAUGAUGGGCCGCCACACGUACCCUGUCCUGCGGGAGGACGCACCCGUGGAGCACGUGGAGAGGUUCUUCCAGAAAAUGGACCGGAAUCAGGACGGGGUGGUGACCAUUGAUGAGUUCUUGGAGACCUGUCAGAAGGAUGAGAACAUCAUGAGCUCCAUGCAGCUGUUUGAGAACGUCAUCUAGGCCAUGGUGGGGGGAAGGGGUCCUUGAGUGGCCAGUGCCACCUCUGCCCCCAAAGAAAUCUCAGUCCUGUCGGGAGCAGCUUCUAUGAGAAACUUUUUUUCUAAUAUAUUUGCAAAAAGUGAACAGUCUGCUCUAGACACACACACAUAGAGCCUAUUCCUCUGGGCUGGGAGAGGGGGUGCAGAGGUCAGGGAGGGGCUGAGUCUGGCUGGCUGGGAGCUGGAUCCAGGUGACGAGAGCCGUACCACCCGGGGCCAGCCCCUGUCCGGGCCAGUGCAGUGGGGCUGCCCCCGGAGUGGGCACUGAGCGAGCCAUGUCUGCAGGCUGCUGGCUGCGAGGUACUGUCUGGAAAGUGCUCAAGGUCCCUUACAGAAGAGGGUCCAGUCUCCAAAAGGCCCCUUCCUUGUGAGUCCCCUUACCCCUCCUCCCGUCACCCUUCUUUCCCACCCCACACAGGCCAAGUUGUGGGGGCUACUCUGGCGUUUUUGUCCCCCAGCCACUCCCCUGCCCACCGACUACACUCCCAGAAUGCUCAUCACCACAGGACGUUUGCCGGGCAGUAGGGUCAAGGGAGUUGGGACGGGGAAAGAGGUAGGAAUGGAGACGGCCUGCUGUUUCCUGGAAACACUUCCCUGAGGUCCCAGGAUGCCUGUCACCCCACUGGCAAGCUCCAGCGGUAAGAGGCCACUGGACUGUCUUAUCUCCAUCCUGGGAAGGGGGCCUCUCAAGCUCAGGGAUUCGGUUUCUUGGUGGAGAAUCUUAGGGGAACUGUCUGCCAAGUCCACUACAAUGGAGGAAGCCUUCCCUUGCCCCAGUCCGAGCCCAGUGGGAAUGAAGUGGCUGGGGCUGCCCAUCCCCCUCUGGCACUAGAGUGUUCAACCCCAGGGUCAUGAACAGGUCCUAAGAAGAGGUCACAAGGAUCAGGGACUGGCAGCCAGGGAGCACAGGUGGCAGAGCAGGACUGAGAAGGGGCUUCUCCCUCCUUUCUUGUCUGUUCCUGUGUCCCUUGGCCCCCAGCUUGGAUGAGCCCCCCACUACCACUUCCUGGUUAGGGUCCUAACGUGAUGUGUCCAGCCCUCUCUACACAGGCUCCCCCAAGCCCAUACAGAAAGCACAAGCACCCAGAGCCACUCAGGCUGCAGCCCACAGAGGGAGCCAAGGACACUCUGGUUUUCCAAGAUCAGGCUGUCCUGGUGGGCUGAGGCCAGGGUCACGGUGGCCCCAAUCAGGUAGCUCUGGAGAAGAAGCAUGGAGCUCCAUUCUGUGCCUCAGAGCCCUGCGGCCUCAAAGCCCAUCCCCAUUCCAGCCCGGCUCACCGACAUUCAAAAGCACAAAUCGUAGGGACUGUCCUUGUCUGCGUUCUUCUCUGGGGAUGGAGGCUCCUGUCAGCCUGGAGGCAGAGCCAAAAGUGAGGGCUGAGGGGCCUGAGGCCGAGUGGGAGAUCAAGAGAAACUUCCAGGAAAGAGAGAGGCUGCUCUCCUCCGCCCAGGCCUCCCUGAGAAGGAACCCAGCCCUUUCUGAGGAACAUUCCCAUACAAUACAUUCCACCGGCUGCCACCCUCUCUCUGCUCAGGCCUGGCCCAGGGGUGUGAGCAGGGCCCUCAAAGGAAAGUGGAAUGGUGGACACCAUGGAGAUUGGCCUGGUUUGGUCACGGGGACCCUUGGCACCUACACACACAGGUGGUCCUCUCCCUCGGAGUUGUACUGACACCCCAUCUCCAGUCUGACUGAAAUGGGGGGGUCUUCCCUCCUCCAGGAGGGCAUCAGCUUUCCCUGGCUCAGGGAUCUUCUCCCCCUCCGCCCACCUCCAGCCCUCCCAGCUGGCAUAGCUAUGCUUCUAAGGGGCCCAGGCCAUGGAGAGGGUCACCACCAUGCCCCUGCCCCUCUUGGCCUGGGGCCAGACUGGCUACACGUCCAAGCAGGAGGGGUCUGUCUCCCACGCUGGGAUGCGGACUGGCCGCAUGUCUGCAUGGCAGAAACAUCUCCCUGGGGUGCAGCCUGGGAGGGUGGUUCCUGUUCUCAGCACCCACCAAUAUUCAGUCCUGUAUAUUUUAAUAAAAUAAACUUGGCAAAGAA